AUCUGUACAAGGAUGUCAUGAUGGAGGAUCACCGGCCCCUCACAUCACCAGUAAAGGAAGAGAGAACAACACCCAAGAGAUGUCCCAGUCCUCUUCUUCCACAGGAUAAUUCAGGAGAACAUCACUAUGUCCCACAGGAUGGUCAGGUAGAUGGUUAUAAGGGCAUCAUGUUGGAGGAUCACCAGCCCCUUACAUCACCAGAUAAGGAAGAGGGAAGAACACCGGAGAGAUGUCCCUGUCCUCUUCUUCUACAGGAUGGGUCAGAAGAAUGUCACAAUGUCUCACAGGAUGAUCAGGAACCGUCUGAUGACUUCUCCAACCGUCUGAUGACUUCUAAAAUUUUUCUUUCACAGCUUGUGAAUCCGGGUGAAGAUCUGAACAAUAUUAAGCCUACAGAAACAUAUUUGAGGGGUGAUGAGCAGAGUACAGAGGACAUUCCUACAGAUAGCCGCCCAGAUGACGGUUCCAGGAACUUAGAGAAACAUCUGGUAUCUUCAGAUUUUGAAGUAGAUGAUUGUUGUAUCACACGAGAUACAUUUGAAGAGCAUGCCAAUAUCCAAGAUAUAUCUUCAUCCAAUCAUAGCAAUAAUGUAUUAUUGGAUGCUUUUAAACAGGUCCGAUCUUCUGAUUCAUCAAAGACUGUAACACAGAAUAAAAGUCACAGAAAAGGUGGUAAACAUCAAAAAGCUCAUGUAAGAGGGAAGCAAUUUUCAUGUUCAGAAUGUGGAAAAUGUUUUAGAUUUAAAUCUCAGAUUGUUAGACAUCGGAGAAUUCACACAGGAGAGAAGCCAUUUUCAUGUUCAGAAUGCGGUGAAUGUUUUAAUCAGAAAUCAGUUCUUGUUGUACAUCAAAGAAUUCACACAGGGGAGAAGCCAUUUUCAUGUUCAGAAUGUGGGAAAUGUUUUUACCAAAAAUCUAAUCUUGUUGUACAUCAGAGAAAUCACACAGGAGAGAAGUCAUUUUCAUGUUCAGAAUGUGGUAAAUGUUUUCACCAUAAAUCAAAUCUUGUUGUACAUCAUAGAAAUCACACAGGAGAGAAGCCAUUUUCAUGUUCAGAAUGUGGUAAAUGUUUUCACCAAAAAUCUAAUCUUGUUGUACAUCAGAGAAAUCACACAGGGGAGAAGCCAUUUUCAUGUUCAGAAUGCGGUGAAUGUUUUAACAAUAAUUCAGCUCUUGUUGUACAUCAGAGAAUUCACACAGGAGAGAAGCCAUUUUCAUGUUCAGAAUGUGGGAAAUGUUUUCACUACAAAUCAGCUCUUGAUUACCAUAAGACUAUUCACAAAGGAGAGAAGCGAUUUUCAUGUUCGGAAUGUGGGAAAUGUUUUAAUCAGAAAUCAGUUCUUGAUAGACAUCAGAGAAUUCACACAGGGGAGAAGUCCUUUUCAUGCUUGGAAUGUGGGAAAUGUUUUAAUCAGAAAUCAGUUCUUGAUAGACAUCAGAGAAUUCACACAGGGGAGAAGUCAUUUUCAUGUUCAGAAUGUGGGAAAUGUUUUAAUCAGAAAUCAGUUCUUGAUAGACAUCAGAUAAUUCACACAGGAGAGAAGCCAUUAUCAUGUUCAGAAUGUGGGAAAUGUUUUAACAAUAAUUCAGCUCUUGUUGUACAUCAGAUAAGUCACACAGUAGAGAAGCCAUUUUCAUGUUCAGAAUGUGGUAAAUGUUUUCACCAAAAAUCUAAUCUUGUUUUACAUCAGAGAAUUCACACAGGGGAGAAGUUAUUUUCAUGUUCAGAAUGUGGAAAAUGUUUUAAUCAGAAAUCAGUUCUUGAUAGACAUCAGAGAAUUCACACAGGGGAGAAGUCAUUUUCAUGUUCAGAAUGUGGGAAAUGUUUUAAUCAGAAAUCAGUUCUUAAUAGACAUCAGAGAAUUCACACAGGAGAGAAGCCAUUUUCAUGUUCAGAAUGUGGGAAAUGUUUUAACAAUAAUUCAGCUCUUGUUAUACAUCAGAGAAUUCACACAGGAGAGAAGCCAUAUCCAUGUUCAGAAUGUGGAAAAUGUUUUAAGCAGAAAUCAGCUCUUGUUAAACAUCAGAGAAUUCAUACAGGGGAGAAGCCAUUUUCAUGUUCAGAAUGUGGGAAAUGUUUUAAACAGAAAUCAGAUCUUGCUAUACAUCAGAGAAUUCACACAGGAGAGAAGCCAUUUUCAUGUUCAGAAUGUGGUAAAUGUUUUCCCCAAAAAUCUAAUCUUAUUGUACAUCAGAGAACUCACACAGGGGAGAAGCCAUUUUCAUGUUCAGAAUGUGGGAAAUAUUUUGAGUAUAAAUCAACUCUUGUUGCACAUCAAAGAAAUCACACAGGGGACAAGCCAUUUUCAUGUUCAGAAUGUGGGAAAUAUUUUGAGUAUAAAUCAACUCUUGUUGUACAUCAGAGAAUUCACACAGGGGAGAAGCCAUUUCCAUGUUCAGAAUGUGGGAAAUGUUUUAACCGUAAAUCAGAUCUUGUUACACAUCUGAGAAUGCACACAGGAGAGAAGCCAUUUUCAUGUUCAGAAUGUGGGAAAUGUUUUAACAUGAAAUCAGAAUUGGUUAUACAUCAGAGAAAUCACACAGGGGAGAAACUGUUUUCAUGUUCAGAAUGUGGAAAAUAUUUUAACCAGAAAUCAUAUCUUGUUACACAUAAGAGAAUUCACACAGGGGAGAAGCCAUUUUUAUGUUCAGAAUGUGGUAAAUGUUUUAACAGUAAAUCACAACUUGUUAUACAUCAGAGAAAUCACACAGGAGAGAAGCCAUUUUCAUGUUCAGAAUGUGGGAAAUGUUUUAACAGUAAAUCAUAUCUUGUUAUACAUCAGAGAAAUCACAUAGGAGAGAAGCCAUUUUCAUGUUUAGAAUGUGGGAAAUGUUUUGAGUAUAAAUCAGCUCUUGUUGUACAUCAAAGAAAUCACACAGGGGAGAAGCCAUUUUCAUGUUCAGAAUGUGAAAAAUGUUUUAACCGUAAAUCAUCUCUUGUUGUACAUCAGAGAAUUCACACAGGAGAGAAGCCAUUUUCAUGUUCAGAAUGUGAUAUGUGUUUUAACCUAAAAUUAUCUCUUGUUAAACAUCAAAAAACCCACAUAUAAGAGAAGCCAUCUUCAUGCUUAGCCCGUUAGUGACCUCCCUUAUGUGUUUUUUUUUGGUGGUCACUGGCUUUAUUCUUUCAGAUACUCCUUUUUACAUGGAGCUAAAACAGCGCCUUGCAUUCAGUUACUUAAGGUAGCCAAGGGCUUGGAGCGAUGAUUGGGAUCGCUGUGAGAGCUCCCUAAACAAACAUAGUCUCCUGUAUUGAAUGAAUAUUGGUAAUCAAAGGACAGAAGAUCCAGUUAAAAGUGAAACUAAGUCUACUUUCACACUGGUGUUUUGGCUUUCAGUUUGCGAGAUCCGUUCAGGGCUCUCACAAGCGGUCCAA